AAAAUGAGCUUGGUUGAAGAUAACAAAAACGAUAAGAAUAUACAAUAUGCUCAUAGGAAGCAGUGCUCCGUCCGAAUCUUUGUGGGUCCUUGGGAUCUGUCAAGUCAUGCAGAGCAAAUGACAGAAGAGAUAAACGAGCUUUCUGUUGCUCUUCCAGAACCAGAGCCAAACAACACAAGCUUACCUCCUCCAGCCGACGUGCCUUCCUCUCCAAUUAUUACACCAAGCUCAGAAGGAACAAGUUUUGUCACAGCACGCUCAAAAAACACAGCCCUCAGCCCUCAGCAAUUAUCACCGUUCGAUGAGAUAGAUUAUAACGUGUUAAAUACAACGAUACCACCUAUAGAUACCAUCAGAGACCAGACAAAAACCCUUGUGGAAGACGAAGAUGAUGCGGUCUCGGUUGUAACAGUGAAACCUGAGAAGAGACUGCCAACACUGCCUCCAACGCCUGGGCUUGCUCCACCUACAAUAGCCUUAUCAUCUGAAACAGCCAAGCCUUUGCCUCCGAUAGUUAAAAAGAAACUGAAACAAAAGAGACGCCGAACUCGUAAUAAGACGUUAAGGUGGAAAAAGGCCGGUACUCUCUUUGUCCCUAAUGCACAGCCUAUUCAGAGCGAGAGAUCAACUGCGUUGAGCGCAGUACUGAAGAGAGGUUUAGUCAUUUGCAUGAGAAAAGUCACGGAUCGAAUUGGCUCUGAGCCUACGAGAUAUAAAGCUUCCAAAGAAAACAAGUUUGAUCUAUUAGCAGAAAAUUGGACACAGGUAGAACUCGUGUUGACAAGAUCCUACAUUACAACGUAUUCCUUUUCAACGUAUUUUUGGCCCAAUCAUCGCUUAGAACAUCGUAUCUACUUUCAAGGGCCCAACAAGCCGAGAGACCUCGAGCUAUUUCUGUUUUCACCACUGGACUAUACCUUUGGACUUCGCUUUUCAUCCACGGCAGGGAAGACACCAACGACAGUUUCGAUGAUGUUUAAGGCGAACACGUUCCUGCAGUGUCAGGAAUGGUAUACCCAGUUAUACAAAGUAUUACCCAAAGGCGCUAAACGGCCAUUCCCUUCAUACUGUGAGGUCUAUAUUCCCGCCAUGAACUUGACUCUCAAUCUACCGUUAGAAGAAACACAAGGAUGUUACGAUAUUACACUUGCAGAUAUCAAAGAAGCUGUGAUGACGGUUGUUGAAGAGAGCGGGUACGAUGGCAAACUUUUCUGCUUGGACGAUGAUGAGAUAGGUGUUUGCUGGGCAACUGAGGAAAGAGCAGAAUGGGCUUACUGGACAGCAUCACCAGCCAAUCCGGACAAACGUAUCGAUUUGGCCGUCUGUCCUCAGAGUAUUGAACAGACACACCGAUUAGAACUGCGUGCGAUAGAACAUACGCCGGAUCACAUCAUCUUGGACCAAAACGACAUUUUGAACGAGCCGUGUCCGAUGGAGGGAUUUCUCGUAUGCGCAAGUGAUUUCUUUGGAUUGACAGCAAAAGUAACAGGAAAAAUGUAUUAUUUUGCUUCAUUUGAUCAGUACUUGGUCUAUAUCCCCUCAGCCAAGGCAACAAAGCCUCACACAGAGAACAUGGUGAAUCACGAAAGUUUAGGUGAACACACAUGGUUUAUCUCACCUUACACAUCAAAAGCCAAAUCACAGUUAGAGAUGGAGGAGAUAAAACGUCGAAUGAAGCUACUGAGUGAGGCAAAAGGCUUGAUUGAUCUUACCGAGGUAUCUUACGUUAAAAGACGCUUCAUCGAAGAACACGAAGAUAUUGGUUAUGAAAGUCAUAUUAGUCAUGAACCACUACUGGGAGGUUCAAGGCUACUGUUUAGGAAGAACCUACCAUGUAUCUUGGAGUUUGUGAUGGAAAACGGACUGCAGAUUCAAUUCCAGACAUACUCUCAGCAUACUUGUGACAUCUGGGUUAAUCAUCUAUCACAACUCAUCAUUUACUGGAAAGCACAGAAAGAAGCAAGACGGACCAUUCAUCUGAAUGACCAUUUUGGUGAUCUUGUCUGGAAUGAAAAGGAGAGAUCAGAAAAUCAUAUGCGUGGAAGAGAAAUUCGUAUUGCUGAUACACGAAUAUGGAGCUACUGCUUGUACGAAAGGUGUCAUGAUGUCGUGAAAACAGGAAUAUUAUACUACAAACCUCAUCAUCGUGAAACCUUUUCUCAAAAGAUAUUUAUUUUAUCAGCAAAUGGGUGGCUAUUAUUCUUUGAUGUCUUUAAUCGAAACAGCACAAGAAAAUCAGGCAACCAUGAGCGUAAAGGCGCGAUGGAUAUCGCAGGAAGCUAUUUCUUCUCUGGUGUAGAUAGUAGCAAGACAAAGAAGGGGUCCAACUCAGACGAAGGGAAGACGGUCAAGGUGUAUUCUGACGGAUUGACCACAGAUGAUGACCAGUUGACACGCAUAUUCUCUAUAUGGAAGCCUACUCUUCGAAGAUAUUUUAGUCCUAAACGACAAAGACUAAGAGUCUAUCGUCAAGACCAGCAGCUUACUUCUAAAGGUGAAACGGUUACCUUUUUGGCAGAAAGCAGACAAGAAAAGGAAGAAUGGAUCUGUGCAUUGAACAGUGUGGCUGAACAUCUACAGUCUUAUGUGACUAAACGUAGUUAAUAUGUAUACUUAACCUGAAUCAUAUAAACCUUCUAUAUAAUCGAGCACUCAUGAAUAAAGCUACUCUGAGUGUACGCGCGUCCUGUUAAUGAACGUCACGUGCGUGCGUCAUUUAACAUCAAGU